AUGUCGGUCAGGGCUUUCCUGAAGAGAAUCGAGAUCAACGCGGACGGCGGAGUCGUGCCGGACCGAUGGAUCAACAAUGAUAUCAAACCUAUCGAAGCUGGGCGGCGGACUUGGGGGCACUGGACGUUUCAUAAUUUUUGGGUGCUUGUCAACUCUAAUAUCUCUACCUAUAUGACUGGUAGUUCAUUAAUUGCCCUGGGAUUGACAUGGUGGCAAGCUAUUAUUGCUAUUGUCGCUGGACAGCUCCUGGCAACCUUGUUUGUUAUCUUGAACUCUAUCCCCGGUGCAUUUUAUUAUCUGGGAUUUCCCGUGGUCAACCGAUAUGUCUGGGGUAUGUACGGAAGUGCAUUCGUGAUCUGGAAUCGUAUUCUUCUUUCUAUUGUGUGGUACGGCUUCCAAGCAUGGAUAGGAGGAGAGUGCAUCUAUGUCUGCCUACAAGCGAUAUGGCCCGACAUUGAAUCUCGCAUCCCGAACACCCUGUCCGCAUCAACAGGUACAACAACGGCAACCUUCGUAUCCUACAUAAUCUUUAUGCUCAUUUCACUACCGUUCAUCUGGAUCCACCCGCACAAAUUAAACACAUUCUUCUACGCCUCUGCAGCAACGAUCCUCAUAUUCGAAAUUGUGCUUCUAAUCUGGUCUCUGGCAACCAUGGGCGAUAGUGGGUUUGGCUCGACACUCUCCGGCUCCGGCAAUGCCACAGGGUGGAAUAUUGCUUUUGGAAUCAUUAGUACAAUCGGCUCCAUCGCAGCUGGUAUUCUUAAUCAGAAUGAUUAUGCACGUUUUGCUAGGAAGCCUACCGAUGCUAUUUGGGGCCAGGUUAUCAGUUUUCCCUUUUACGGUAUUACUUGCUCGAUUAUUGGCAUUUUGGUUACGGCUGCAACGCAGAAUCGGUAUGGUGGGGCGCAGUGGAAUUUGCCUACGCUGCUUAGUGCUGUGAUUGAGCAUGGGGGGUCGAGGUCAAGGGCUGCGGCUUUCUUUGGUGGUGCUGCUUUAGUUGUUUCGCAGAUUGGAGUGAACGUCCCUGGAAAUUCUUUGGCGGGUGGCUUUGACUUGGCGGCAACUUUCCCCCGGUAUAUCAAUAUUCGCCGAGGUGCUUAUAUCACUGCUAUCGUCUCUAUUGCUUGUAACCCUUGGAAGCUUGUCAAUACUGCCACGACUUUCCUCACAGUUCUGAGCAGUUACUCCGUUUUUCUGGGUCCUAUGACUGGACUGAUGAUUGCUUCUUACUUCGUUGUCAAUAAAGGCAAGAUCAAGGUUGAGGAUCUAUUUGUUGGAGAUAGUUCUAGCAUCUAUUGGUACACAUGGGGAGUGGAUUGGCGAGCUGUUAUCGGGUGGGUUUGUGGAACCGCCCCAUCACUGCCUGGCUUCAUCGCAUAUGUGAACCCCAACAUCAUUGUCCCGGUGGGCUUCAUGCAUAUAUAUUAUAUUUGCUUCCUCUCAGGUUUCGCCAUUAGCGCUGGUGUAUAUUCUGCACUUCACAUUUUGUUUCCCGUUCCUGCUGUGGUGGAGUUUGUUGCAAGGGCGCCGUCUGCUCGUGUGCUGAUGGAAGAAUAUCGGGAUCAGUGGGAUUGUGAAGAUGAAGUCCAGACGGUGCUCUCUCCGCCCAAGCCAGACUUCGAUUGA